GAAACAACAAACCACCAUCCCAUGCUCUCUUGCAGUCACUCUCCUUGACCUGGGGAUUCAAGGAGUAUGCUUGCCCAGAGCCCUGGAGAUGCACCCCCGCCAACACCACACCUUACUAUUCUAAAUACAUAUCUCAAGCCAAAGUUGCUAACGAGCUUGGAGAAACGGGUAAAAAGGAAGACAGUGGUGGCGAUGAAGGAGCUGAGCCAGCAAAUCCAAGAAACCAAAUGCCGGCGGGAAAGGCUGCUGAAGGACAGCAGGCAGCUACUAGAGGAAAAAUACCGUGUGCAGGCUGAAAACCAGCUUUUCAUGGAAUACCUGCGUAAAAAUAAGGAACAGUGUGAGAAGAAACAGGAGGAGCUGUGGAAGCAGUACGUCCAAGAAUGUGGCGAGAUAGAACGCGAGAGACAAGAAUUGGCAUCCAGAUACAACCAGAGAAACGCAGCUCUUCAAGCCCAGCUCCUGCAGGGCAGAAAGACCCAGAAGGAUUUGAAGCAGCAGUUGCAGGCACUGAAGCCAGUUUACAAGAUAAAGGAGGGCCAGGACGUGAAAAUACAGACCUUGGAGAAGGAGCAAGAGAAAGUCCGAAGUGAGACUGCGACCAAGGACCGGGAGGCGCACUUCCAGUUCCUGCGGGAAAAGGCACUGAUGGAGAAGGAGCUGCAAGAGUGGCAUCUGAUGGAGCUGGGGCAGAUCAACACCACGGGGCUUACGAGGAAGUACAAGGCCUUGGCGCUAGCAGCCAAGCAGGCUCAUUCUGAGUUCUGUGGCAGUCUCCACAGGGAGAACCAGCAGCUACGCAAGGAGCUUCAGCAACUGAGCCAGGAGUACGGCAGGUUGGAUGCUGUGAGGAGCCAGCUGGAAAAGCACCGGCAGCUGGCGAAGGAGCAGCAGUGGUACCUAGAAGCCUUGACCAGAGGGCGGCAGCGGCUGCAGGCAGAACGCGAGCGCCAUCAUCGUGGUCAUAACCCACGCCUCAAGGAACAGAGAGCUUCAAAGACCAUGCUGAGCACCAAAUCAAAAGCAAGUUCAAAGUAACAGCUACUGCAACUGAAUUGAGGCGCAGGGAAUAAUCUACAAGCCAAAAAGUAUCCUUCGUGGAAAAUAGAAACACACUUUCAGGAAGGGCAGUUGUUGCAGCAUGGGGUCGUGCUCCUUGUCUGGGACCCACAUCCUCACUGUCUGUGUCCCUGGGGCUGUUGUAGAUUCCGGAGAUUUAGAACACUUGGAAAACUUUUUAACGGGUUAUACCACCCAUUUUUAUAGUAGCAUUUGAAAUUCUCAGAGUACCUAGUUAAGACAUGUAUUUUACCACACUUUUUUUUUCUUAAUGUGUACUCUGCAGUCCACAAAGUAUAGUGUAUAGCUUACAUGUUCUAUGUAUUUUGGGCCAUUUGAAGCAAAUAAGAAUCUUAUUUUAAAUUGUAGGGGUUUGUUGGUUUAGAAGGGUUUCAGGUUUGCAUUUGUGAUGAACUGUUUUUGUUGAACUGUGGGCUCUGGUCUGGAAGAAUAGCCUUGUUUUUGGGUCAUGCCCCUGCAUGGGGAAAAACAUAGCCAGCUUCAUGUUUCUCAGAAAUUUUUGGCAAUGAAAACUUCAAGGUAACUGUUUAGCUUUAUUUAUGUGUAAAACAGUUAAAAAAAAACAACAGGAUUAAAGGGUAACUUAGCUUGUCAAUGUGCCUUAUCAUCUACUUUUAACAUUGUUGGCGAAUAUAUAUACUUUGCCAUUAAACAGGGUUGUUAAAAACAAAAUUUAACUGUAAUUAGUUCUUAAUGCUCCCCAGAUUUAUUAAUGUAAUAAAAAUACUAUAUCCCUCAA